ACUGUUUUGCAGCAGCAGUGUUUGGUUUGGUUUAUUGAUGCUGAGGAGGCUCGUCUGCUGCUCAGACACACACACUCACACACACACACACACACACACACACACUUUUUUUUUUUUUUUGACUCGUCUUUUUGUUCGCUGAAACUAAACACCAAGCCGGUCAGAGAUGGCACAGUGCUCCGAGUCUGCUGGCGUUUCCUCCGCGGUGAACGGAGAGCCGAAGAAGGAGAGGAAAGUGGCUGUGAUCACCGGCAUCACCGGACAGGAUGGUUCCUACCUGGCCGAGUUCCUGCUCGCUAAAGGCUACAAGGUUCAUGGGAUUCUGCGUCGCUCCAGCUCCUUCAACACGGGUCGCAUCGAGCAUCUUUACCAGAAUCCACAGACGCACACUGAAGGCAACAUGAAGCUGCACUAUGGAGAUCUGACGGACAGCACUUGUCUGGUGAAGAUCAUCAACGAGGUGAAGCCCACAGAGAUCUACAACCUGGGCGCUCAGAGCCACGUCAAGAUCUCCUUCGAGUUGGCCGAGUACACCGCUAACGUGGACGGCGUUGGCACGCUGCGUCUCCUGGAUGCCAUAAAGACAUGUGGUCUGACCAACAGCGUGAAAUUCUACCAGGCCUCCACCAGCGAGCUGUACGGCAAAGUCCAGGAGAUUCCUCAGAAGGAAACCACGCCCUUCUACCCUCGCUCACCUUACGGUGCUGCCAAGCUCUACGCCUACUGGAUCGUGGUGAACUUUCGAGAGGCCUACAACAUGUUUGCCACCAACGGGAUCCUCUUUAAUCACGAGAGCCCGAGGAGAGGUUCGAACUUUGUGACGCGUAAGAUCAGCCGGUCUGUGGCAAAGAUUCACCUCGGCCAACUGGAGAGCUUUAGCCUGGGCAACCUGGACUCCAAGAGGGACUGGGGCCACGCCAAGGACUAUGUGGAGGUAAAACACACACGACCAUAACCACACACACACACA